AUGCCCAAUACUGAUCAAAUCGUUGAUGAGCAGUAUUUGAAGCUGAGUCAGGGAUCGGAGGACGAAGGAUCGGAGAACGAAUUUAGCAUGGUGCAGACGGCGGCAGAGAAGGAACCUAAGCCAGCAGACAAUGAUGUCCCUAUGGAUAACGGAGAGAAUAAGAGCCACGUGGACAGUAGCAUGCCCUCCCUCUCCGCCGCUAAAUCGCAGACGUUCGUCGCAGAGAUAGAGUACGCGGAUUUGAGUAGCGAUCAAGAUCCAGAGAGAAUGAUUGGCGCCGGUCAACCAUUUGUGACCACGAGGAAAGCGUCGGAAGUCGAGGCAGAGCAUAGAAAAUAUGACUUUCAUUACCUUGAGCAAGUUAUUGGUGGUGGAGAAGACAUUGAUGCUGUUCGCAACUAG